CUGAACCAAUUAAUGCACAUGCCCGCACCUACACACCUGCACGUCUUUGUAAAGUGGGAGGAAACCGGAACACCCAGAGAAAACCCACAAGGUCACAGGGAGAAUGUACAAACUCUGUACGGAUAGCACCCGCAGUCAGGAUUGAACCCGGGUCUCUGGCGCUGUGAGGCAGCAACUCUAUUGCUGUGCCGCCUUGUGCUGCUUUGAAGCCCUGUCCCACGGUACGAGUUCAUUCCAAGAGCUCUCUCGAGUUUAAAAAAAAAUCAAACUCGUGGUAAGCACGGAGAAUGGACGUAACGGGUACGUCGGAGCUCGGGGACGUCUCUUAGCGCUAACGGCAGGUACUCGGGAAGACUCGCUAACGGCAGGUGAGCACGGGAAGACUGGUGAAGAUUUUUCAACGUGAUGAAAAAUGUCAACGAGAGCCCCGAGUACCGACGAGUGGGCAUUACCGUAAAUCUCCGAGUUCGAAUCAGGGCAAACUCGGUCGGGAGAGAUCUUGGAAUGAACUCAUACAGUGGGACAGGGGUUUUAGGCUUGAGGCUCGAUAGGUUUGCAGGUACUUCCUACAUCCUCAACUAAACUUCGUUUCUGUCUUGCUCAGUGUUUGAUUUCCCCGUCCCACCUUGAGACGAAGACAAGAUGUCUUCCACCACCACUACUGACCUGGACAACAUGGACAUCCAAAGACAAUACAACAUCAACAGUUGCAGAGAAACGUCUGAGAGUUAUCGGGAAGAAGAGAACAGCUCUUCCAAACUGUUUGAAUCCUCAAGGAUAAAAGCCCUGGCCGAUGAGAGGGACGCCGUGCAGAAGAAGACCUUCACCAAGUGGGUGAACUCGCACCUGGCACGGGCGCUGUGCCAAAUCACGGACCUGUACGUGGACCUCCGGGACGGCUGCGUGUUGACCAAGCUACUGGAGGUUCUGUCGGGGGAACAGUUGCCCAAGCCGACACGGGGCCGUAUGCGGAUCCACUCGCUGGAGAACGUGGACAAGGCGCUGCAGUUCCUGAAGGAGCAGCGGGUGCACCUGGAGAACGUGGGCUCCCAUGACAUCGUGGACGGGAACCACCGCCUCACCCUGGGCCUCAUCUGGACCAUCAUCCUCCGCUUUCAGAUACAGGUGAUCAAAAUUGAAACGGAAGAUAAUCGGGAGACUCGUUCAGCCAAAGACGCCCUGCUGUUGUGGUGCCAGAUGAAGACAGCAGGGUACCCAGGUGUGAACAUCCAGAACUUCACCAGCAGCUGGAAGGACGGGCUUGCGUUCAACGCCCUCAUUCACAGGCACAGGCAAGAUCUCGUUGACUACAGCAAGCUGCAGAAGUCCAACUCCACCUUCAACCUCCAGCAGGCGUUCAAUGCGGCUGAGCAGCGGCUGGGAGUCGCCAAGCUGCUUGACCCUGAAGAUGUGAAUACGGAGAAUCCUGAUGAGAAAUCUAUCAUCACUUACGUGGUGUCCUAUUAUCACUACUUCUCCAAGAUGAAGGCCUUGGCUGUGGAGGGCAAGAGGAUCGGGAAGGUGCUGGACAACGCGCUGGAGACUGAGCACGUGAUCGCACGGUACGAGUCUCUGGCGACGGAGCUGCUGGAGUGGAUCGCACGGACCAUCACACUCAUCAGCAACCAGCGAUUUGCAAACUCCUUGGCUGGAGUCCAGCAGCAGCUCCAGGUCUUCACCACCUACUGCACGGUGGAGAAGCCAUUCAAGUUUGAUGAGAAGGGGAAGCUGGAGGUCUUGCUGUUCACCAUCCAGAGCAAACUGCGGGCCAACAACCAGCAGCUGUACCAGGCACCCGAGGGGAGGCUCAUAUCUGACGUCAACAGGGCAUGGGGGAAGCUGGAGAAGGCAGAACACGAGCGCGAGGGGGCGUUGCGGAAGGAACUGAUCCGUCAGGAGAAGCUGGAACAGCUGGCUCACCGCUUUGACCACAAGGCUGCCAUGAGGGAGGCGUGGCUGACGGAGAACCAGCGGCUCAUCUCCCAGGAUAACUUUGGCUACGACCUGCCCGCGGUGGAGGCCGCCAUGAAGAAGCACGAGGCGAUCGAGGCAGACGUCAGCUCGUACAAGGAGCGGGUGCAGGUGAUCACGGAGCUGGCCCGGGAGCUGGAGGCCGAGGGCUACUACGACAUCAAGCGCAUCUCCGCUCAGCGGGACAACAUCCUGCGGCUGUGGACCUUCCUGCAGGAGAUGCUGGCCGCACGCCGCUCCCGCCUCGAGCUCAACCUGUCCCUGCAGAAGAUCUUCCAGGAGAUGGUCCACAUGAUCGACUGGAUGGAGGGGAUGCAGGUUCAGCUGUGUGCCAAGGAGCUGGGCAAGCAUCUACUGGAAGUGGAGGACCUGCUGCAGAAACACAGCCUCCUGGAAGCGGACAUUUCCCUGCAGUCGGAACGCCUGAAAGCCUUGAACGCAGCAGCGCUGGAGUUCACCCAGAUCGAGGGGUACCAGCCGUGCGACCCGCAGGUGAUUUCCAACCGGGUGCAACAUGUGGACAGCUGCGUGGCCGAGCUACAGCGGCUGGCUGGGAACCGUCGCGCCUCGCUGGAGGGCUCCCGCUGCCUCUGGGCCUUCCUGCAGGAGAUAGAGGAGGCGGAGAGCUGGAUCCAGGAGAAGCAAAGGGUCAUCUCCUCGCCCCACCUGGGCAAGGACGUGAGCAGUGUCACGCUGCUGUUGGCCAAGCAGCGGGCUUUGGCGGGAGAGCUAGGCGGGCGGUGUGGCCUCCUCACCCAGACCAUCACCAAAGGCGAGCAGAUCCUGGCCGAGAGGCAUUUCGGCACGGGCAACAUCCAGGAGCGGAUCCUGGAGGUCCGUGUCCAGUGGAAGAAGCUGGACGAGUUGUCCGCCCUCAGACUCCAACACCUCCAGGAGGCUCUCAGCUUCUUCCAGCUCAAGGCCGACAUGGACGACCUGGAGGUCUGGCUGCAGGAUGUCUACCGCAUCGUCUCCAGCGACGACUUUGGCCACGACGAGUACUCCAGCCAGUCGCUGGCCAAGAAGCACCGCUCGCUGGAGGAGGACAUCGGGCAGCAGCGGCCACUGGUGGAGGGUCUGGGCGGGCAGGCGGACGGGCUGGCCCCCGGCUACCGGGAGCUGGAGGAGGUGCGGGGCCGGGUGGCCGAGGUGGAGGCGCUCUACCGGGAGGUGCGGGAGGUGGCGGGGCUGCGCCGUCAGUGGCUGCAGGACGCUCUGGCCGUCUACCGCAUGUUCAGCGAGGUCAAUGCCUGCGAGCGGUGGAUCGACGAGAAGGAGCAGUGGCUUCUCCGCAUGGAGAUCCCCGAGAAUCUGGAGGACCUGGAGUUGGUGCAGCAGAGGUUCGAGAGCCUGGAACAGGAGAUGAACAGCAUGUUGUCCCGAGUUGUGGAAGUAAAUGAAGUCGUGCAACAACUGGUGGAGAAUGGGCACCCUAGUGCCACUGAGGUCAUGAGUUGCCAGGACCACCUCAACAGCAGGUGGGGCCAGAUUCUGCGUCUGGUGAAGAACAAGAAGGACACGAUGAACUCUCUGCUGUGUGUUCAGAGCUACCUGCUGGAGUGCCAGGAGAUCAAGUGCCAGAUCCGGGAGAAGAGGAAGGCGAUUGAGUCCACACAGGGCCUGGUCAAUGACUUUGGUGGGGUGAUCGCUCUGCAGAGGAAGCUGUCCACCAUGGAGGGGGCGCUGACUGUCAUCGAGCCCAAGCUGAUCGGCCUGCAACUGGAGGCCGAGGCUUUGGCCUCCGCACACCCUGGACAGGCCAUGGACAUCUUGGUCCAGUUCGAGGAGAUCAGCGAGGAGUGGGAGCAGCUGAAGAGGGCGUUGCAGGGUUGCGAGGACUCCCUCAGCGUGGCUGGCAAGCUACAGCAGUUCAUCCAGGACUUGGACAGCUUCCUGUCAUGGCUGGCGCGGACCCAGGGGGCGGCGCUGUCCGAAGAGUUGCCCGGCUCGCUGGGCGAGGCCGAGGCCUUGCUGAGGCAGCACGAGGCCCUGCAGGAGGAGAUGGGCCGCAGGGAGGAGGACUACCGCCGUAUCCUGGCCGUCAGGGAGCCCCUCGCACUGGGCCAGGCCGAGCUGCCCCUCAGCUCCAUCCAGCAGUGGCUGGGCAAGCUGGAGCUGGGCUGGGAGAAGAUGCAACAGGUGUGGACCCGACGGCAGGAGGCCCUGCUCCAGGCACAUGUCUACCACCUCUUCCUGCGGGACGUCAGGCAAGCCGAGGCCUUCCUCAACAGCCAGGAGUCCAAGCUGGCCCAGCUGGAGCUGCCCGCGUCCGUGGCUGGAGCCGAGGCCGCCAUCAAGAAGCACCGCGACUUCCUGGUGACGAUGGAGAUCAACCUGCAGAAGAUCAACACGGUGGUGGAUGCCGGCGAACACCUGGUGAAGGGCGGCAACAUCUACAUGGACAAGAUCAAAGAUCAGACGGAAUCCAUCAUCACCAGGAGCCAGUGCAACUACAAGCUUGCCCACGAGUGGCUGGUGCACCUGAGCGAUGAGUGGGAGCUGCAACGGUUUCUCCAGAGUUGUCACGAGUUGGGCGAGUGGAUUAAUGAGAAGAUGCUGACGGUCCAGAAUACGUCACACGAUGAUGCUCAGAAACUGCACAAAAAAUGGCUGAAGCACCAGGCGUUUAUGGCAGAGCUGUUACUGAACCGCGAAUGGUUGGAUAAGAUCGAGAAGGAGGGGCAAGAGCUGAUCAAAGAGAAGCCCGAGCUGGCCGCGGUGGUGAGGAGGAAACUGCAGGAGAUUCACGAAUGCUGGACGGUUCUGGAGAGCACAACCCAGGAGAAAGCACGGCACCUGUUCGACGUCAACAGGGCCGAACAACUGGUGCAGACGUACAGCGAGCUGGAUCGGAGGUUGUCCCAACUCGAGGGGCAACUGCAGGUUGGGGACGGAGGGCGAGACAUCGCCACGGUUAACACCCAGCUCCAAAAACUACAGGUGCUCGAGAACCAGAUGGAGGGCUGGUACAAGGAGGUGGGGGAGCUGCAAGCACAGGCAGCCACCCUGCAGCAGCAGAGCUCGGGGAAAGACCAGGUGAUGGAGAAGCAGAACGUGGUGGAGACGAGGAUUGUGCGCCUGAUCGAACCGCUGAAGCAGCGGCGGAGGAUUCUGCUGGCGACCAAAGAGGUCCACCAGAUCACCAGGGACAUGGAGGAUGAGAUGCUCUGGGUGGAGGAGCGUCUGCCAUUGGCCCAGUCCAAAGAUCACGGAGUCAACCUCCAAACAGUGCAGCUGCUUCUGAAGAAACUUCAGACCCUACAGAGGGAGGUCCAGGGCCACCACCCGCGGAUUGGUGACGUGAUGGAGCGAGCGGGCCACAUUGCCUCCAUACAACAAACCCCAGAGGCUGACACGGUGCGCGUGGGUCUGGAGCGGCUACGGGAGCUGUGGGGCGCUCUGUUAGAGGAAGCAGAAGGGCGACAACAGCGGCUGCUGGCCAUGCAGCGAGCCCAGCAGUACUACUUCGAUGCAGGUGAGGUAGAGUCCUGGCUGAGCGAGCAGGAGCUACACAUGAUGACGGAUGAGAAGGGAAAGGAUGAGCAGAGCUCGCUCCAGCUGCUGAAGAAACAUCUGGGUCUGGAGCAGACCAUCGACGAUUAUGCUGAGAACAUUUGUGAGCUGUCAAAGACCUGCAGAGCGCUGUUGGAUGAAGGUCACCCAGAGAGUGAACAGAUCAGCAAGCAGCAGUCUCAGAUCGACCGCCUGUAUGUGAGUCUGAAGGACCUCGCCGAGGAGCGCAAGGGCAAGUUGGAGCAGCACUACUGGCUCUUCCAGCUCAACCGUGAGGUCGAUGAACUGGAGCAGUGGAUCGCCGAGAGAGAAGUUGUAGCGGGAUCUCCGGAACUAGGCCAAGACUUCGAGCAUGUCACAUUGCUGCUGGAGAAGUUCACGGAGUUUGCGCACGAGACGGCGAUGAUCGGCCAGGAGCGGGUGAACACGGUCAACCAGAUGGUGGACGAGCUGAUCGACUACGGGCACGGGGACGCGGCCACCAUUGCCGAGUGGAAGGACGGGGUGGGCGAGGCCUGGGCCGACCUGCUGGAGCUGAUCGAGACCCGGGUCCAGAUGCUGUCCGCCUCGCAGGAGCUGCACAAGUUCUUCAGCGACUGCAAGGAGGUGGCCGGCCACAUCGAGGAGAAACACAAGCUACUUCCCGAUGUGGCACUGGGCGACUCCACCAGCACCUUCACGCUGCAGCGAAUGCUCAGCUCCUUUGAACACGAUAUCCAAGCCCUCGUUAUCCAGGUGCGGCAGCUGCAGGAGAACGCGGCGCAGCUGCGGACGGUGUACGCGGGGGAGAAUGCGGAGGCCAUCCAGGUGCAGGAGCAGCGGGUGAUGCAAGCCUGGAAGGAGCUGGUGAGCACCUGCGACCAGCGCAAACUGCAGCUGACCACCACCGGAGACAAGAUCCGCUUCUUUGGCCUGGUCCGUGAGCUGGUGGGCUGGAUGGACAGCAUCGUCUGCCAGAUCGGCACCGGAGAGAAGCCUCGGGACGUCUCGUCGGUGGAGGUGUUGAUGAAUUAUCACCAGGGGCUCAGAGGGGAGAUUGAAGCCCGGCACAAGAAGCUCAAGUCGUGCGUAGAGUUGGGUAAAACUUUGCUCACCAGCAAACACCAGGCUUCUGGCGAGAUCCAGGAGAGGCUGGACAAGGUGCUGAAGAAGCAGAACGAGAUGAUGGAGAAGUGGGAGCAGCACUGGGUGUGGUUACAACAGAUGCUGGAGGUCCACCAGUUUGCGCAGGAGGCAGUGGUGGCGGAUUCGUGGCUGAGCACCCAGGAGCGUGUGGUCACCAGCGAGCAGAUCGGCAACAGCGUGGACGAGGUGGAGCAGCUCAUCAAGCGGCACGAGGCCUUCCGCAAGUCAGCAGCCGCGUGGGAGGAGAGGUUCAGCUCGCUACGGAGACUCACCACGCUGGAGCGGAUGGAGAACAAGUCACCGUUUGCCAUUCAGCAGCAGCAGCAGCAGCAGCAGCAGCCGGCCACCCCCAUGCUGAGCCGCAGGGUGCUGCCCGAGUCCAGGCCCUCUCCGGUCAAGCAGUUGGUGCCAGUGGCCGGGAUCCGUCCCGUCAAGCAGCAGGCCCAGCUCGAGAUCGUCGACGAUGCCGGGGACCGCGACAAGCGCGGCGGGGAGGAACACGCGGCCACCGUGGCUGCGCCGGAGCCGGCUGCCCCGCGCCCACACCAGGCCGAGGGCCGGCAGGAGCGGCCACAGAACAAGGCAGAGCCGGCGGAGGGCAGGACAGAGCGCCGGGGAGAACGGCAGGAGCCGCAGAGCGAACCGCGGGAACCCGAGUACGAAGCUGGGGACAGGAGAACAACCAUGGCAGAUAUCGUGGAGCAGCUACAAGAAAAGGAAGCCCAGGAACGUGACUCCUCACUCACCGCCGGUCUUCCCAACGGGAUUGAGAAACUCCCGGAGAGAGUCCCCCGCCCGGACAGGCCGCGGGCCAGAGACCGGCCCAAGCCCAGGAGGAGACCGCGGCCAAAAGAUCCCAACCAGGCGGGCGGGGACAGCCGCCGCUCGCGCUCCGCCCCGUCGCCCCAGAGCAGCACGACUGCGCCCGUCACGGUCUCCCACACGUCCGAACAAGAGGGCUUCCUCGCUCGGAAGCACGAGUUUGAAGCUCCCAACAAGAAAUCAUCCAGCAGGUCGUGGGUUAACAUUUACUGCGUGAUCAGUAAAGGAGACCUGGGGUUUUACAAAGACGCCAAGAGUCACAAAGCGGGGUCAACCCACAAUGGCGAGUCGCUCAUUACACUUAGCGAAGCCACAUGCGAAAUCGCCAACAAUUACAAGAAGAAGAAGUUUGUGUUUAAAAUCCGGACAUGCGAUGGCAAUGAGUUCCUAUUCCAGGCCAAGGAUGAGGACGAGAUGGACGACUGGAUCAAGGCUGCCUCCACAGCCAUCGCGGAACAUGCAGAAAUCGCCCAGCUGAGCGGCCAGAUCGUCCCGACCACCUCCUCCACCGAUGAAGGAAACCCCAAGCGUGACAGCGACCGAAGAUUCAGCCUCUUCGGAAAGAAGAAAUGAGGAUAGUGUUUAUUUUUGACAUGACAAACUGCGGGGCCCCUUGGCAUUGGGGUUGCACCUGGUGAGGUACAAAUGAUCUCGUCUCGAACCCCAGCAACUGAUGUUUUUAAUUUUAUAAUUUACACGGAUGUUGGCCAACUGGGGCUGCUUCUUUCCGAAUGGACUCGCAAGGACUUUCUACGCCCUGAGCAGAGCGGAUCGGUUCCCCGUGCCUGCGCGUGAAUCCUCGCGGCCCGGGGCUAGAAUCUGAGCUGGAGGGGGGUGUGAGCAAUGGAUCCAUCCAUCCUUUGAGACCCAAAGCGUGGCCAGUAUGUUCGGGCUCUGUGUUGCCUCUAUACUCCAGUUCCAUGCACGUAUGGACCUGUUCCAGCUUGAUCAUGGUUUAUUUAAUGACAAUGAAUAUGAGAAAAUAUCCCCUUCCCAUCAACAUAUUUUAUUAAAAAAAAAAAUGA